AUGAAAUCUCUUCUCUAUCCUCACCCUCUCUCUCUCCCCUCUUUCUCUUCUUCCAUCUCCACCGCCAAACCCCGCCACCUCACCCCACCGUUCCUCAAACUCGACUCUUCCGCCGUUAAAACCCCAGCUCUCACCGUGAGAGCCGCCCUCGACUCCGCCACCGUUAACGGAUUCUCAUUCGAUACCAGAAAUCCAACCCUUUCGUCUUCUUACAGAACCUCUAGCUUACCGAAGCCGAAUCCGACGGUGCUGGAGGCUCAGACUAGGGUCUGCACCGGCCCCACACAGACCAAGCCGCUCGGCGAGGACCAAGCCUUCAAGGUGCUCGACACUAUUCUCCGAUCCGCCACCGGAGAACUGAAAGACGAGGAGCCAGUGUCCAGAGCUCAGCUCGGCGCGUUCUUCGCCGCCAUGACGAUCCGUGCCAAUUGCUUCCCGGAGGCGACGCAGUGGAGCGAAGGCGAGAGCCGAGCGAUGAACAAGUACUGGCCGCUUCUGGUAAGGGCGCUGCCGCCGGACGUGGUGUUCAUCGCCGACCCGGAGGGGUCGUUGAUGGGGAUAGGGAGCUCGAUCGGGCCGCAAUUCGUUGGGAACGGGACGAGUGAGAUGAGAUUGGUUGGGGCUCUCCGGGAGGUCCUGGCCGGCGGCCACCUCGGGUUUGAAGAAGUGCAGGGAUGUUUGAGAGACGUUCUGCCGUUGAAAUCGACGACGGAGGAGGGGACGGCCACCGGAGUAAGUGAAUCGUUGCUUUCGGCAUUGUUAAUAGGUCAGCGUAUGAAUAGAGAAACAGACCGGGAAUUAAAAGCUUACUGCCUUGCAUUUGAUGACGAACUUGGCGAAACUCCGAUUGCGGAUGUGAAAUCAUUAACUCACUAUGGUGAACCUUAUGAUGGAAACACUCGGUUCUUUCGUAGCACAUUGUUUGUUGCUGCGGUUAGGUCUUGUUAUGCUGAAUCAUCCGUGCUUCAUGGUGCUGAAUGGAUGCCACCCAAGGGAGGUGUUACUGAAGAGCAAAUGCUCAAGUUCAUGGGAGCAGAUACGAGCUUAACCCCGUCACAGGCGAAAGUACUUCUAGAGGAUGAAGGAGUUGGAUUUGCCUAUAUAAGUCAUCGCGAAGCCCGCCCAUCUCUAUAUUCACUGGUAAAGUUGAGGGAGCAUAUCAAGAAACGCCCCCCACUGGCAACAUCUGAAAAGGUUCAGCAAUUUGUGAAGGCCCGGGGGAAGGAAGCAAUUGUCACUGGAUUUUAUCAUGAAGGUUAUGAGGAUUCACUCUUAAUGCUUAUGAAAAGAAGAGGUGUUCAUUCUGGCUUGGUGGUGAAGGGUGAGGAAGGGGCCCUCUCAAUGACAACGAGAUCGCGCUCAGUAAAUUCAUCAAAAGGAAUUCCUGUAAACUACUGUUCAGGGUUCCGUUCACUUAGCAUGGCUUCUGCUUGUGAAAUUGAUGGGGUUUCACGUCAGAGUUUUAACCUGGAGGUUAAUGCCGUAGACUAUGGUUUCGAACCCACUGAUACCCCAAGAACUGACAGAUCGGUCUUGAAGAAUAUAGAGUUGGGUUUAACAGCUCUUCAUGGUCAAAAAGGACCGGCUUAUGAUCGCAUAGUCUUGAAUGCUGGAAUGGUUGAUCACUUGCUCGGAUGUGAUGGUGCAGAAGACAUAUCUGUGGCCCUGGAUAGAGCCAGAGAGGCUAUUGAUAGUGGCAAGGCUCUAGAAAGGCUCUGGAAUUACGUAAAGGUGUCUAAACAAGUGAGACACAGACCUGCCAUGUGUGUUUAAUAGAUGAAUAGAUGAGAUAAAGGAAUAGAGGAGAGAUAUGGUUUAGUUCCAAUUACAGGUAGCAUACAGAUCAAUACGUGUGUUCCUCGUAUUUCUACAGCAGGUGGCAUCCAACAAUGCCUUUUGUUUUUGUAAGUACCUCUUUCUCCAGGAUUUCAAUAAAACUUCAAUUUGAAUUGAAUAUUUCGCAUUCAGUCAUGAGGUAGCAUAUAUAUCCUCUAGUGAUUGAAUUGACAUUUAAAUGAAUGUUUACGUUGUACGUGGGAGCUAAAAUACAUCCUUGUUAUUGUUCUGCAGGUCUGAAGAAGGCCUAGUAUAGAAAUCGAAACUUUUCAUGUUUAUCGUGAGAUUUGUCAUUCCGGUUGUAAAUUACUUAAAUCCUGCCCUGUUCGAUAAUUGCUUGGCUCUUUGCCUGUUCAAAUAUUUUUGUUUCUUUUCUCCGUGCACCAGUUGCUUCUUACAAGUCUAUCCAUGUCAUUUUGUGAUCGACUUGUAAGGAGUACUGCUUGCAUGCAAGGGGCCAAGCAUUUUUCCGUUUACUGAGUACCACUCACCUGAGUUGAGAUCAGAAUAAAGGUCAGCUUGAAAAGCCUUAAGAAUAAAGGUCAUGAUCCAGUGACUGAAGUGUAAUAGCAUUUUUUACGAGUCAGAAGUUGACUAAUAUGAAUUUGAUGUAAACUUUUCUGUUAACGUUGAAAAUCGUUCAUUCAGAUCAAAUACAGCUUUAUUUCAUCUUGU